AUGGGCUGGACGCAGAGGGCAGUGGAAAUCAUGAUAGAGUCGUAUAGGGCCCACCCAAUCCUAUACAACACCAAAAAUGCCCUGUACCACAAUCGCGUUAAGAAGGAACUGGCCUACCAAGAGGUACUUGAGGAUGUCUGCAAGGAAAAGAGUGACUGCACGGUUGAUGACGUGAAGAAAAAAAUGAACGGGCUACGUAGCAACUUUGCUAGGGAAAUGGAGAAGAUAAACAAGACCAAAAGAAGUGGUGCUGCGGCAAAGGAUGUGCACAAGCCAACCGUAUGGUGGUUCCAGAAGCUGCUCUUUCUUAAGGACCACGUAGAGGCGAGGCCCAGUUCUUGCUCAAUGUCGAGAGGCACAGAUUGCAAUGAAACACUUGACAAGGACUCCUCUGCUCAUGACGACUCCGACCAAGAGUUGCAUGAUGAAUCACCACGUCCUGGAACGCCAUCGGUAGGACACUCAGCAAAACCGUGCACAUCCCAGGAACCGAGUAGACCUAAACCAAGGGCGAAAAAGAGUCGUUCUGUAGAGGAGUCGAUGUUGCACACAGCAGCUGAUGCUUUGACUGAAUUGAAAGAUGCUGUUGUCAGCUCAAACAUGAAUGAAAGCACUAGUACACCAACGCAGAACGAGGACCAAUUUGAUAUUAUUGGUAAAUUUGUGGCUUGCGAAAAGCGCAGCCUGCAGCAUGCUGACAUAAGGCAAAGUGCAAAAAGGAAAAUAAACAUGGCGCUUCUUGAUGCGCAAGAGUCUGAGUUGGGCAGAAAUACUCAGUUGACUAGAAGAGUCCCUCCGCAGCACAUUAAUAAUGCAACAGUUCCUCCUGGAAAACAUGGUUACAACCAGCAGUGUUCCAUCAUGACGUAUAACGGUCAGCCUAGUCGUAAAGAUUUUCCAAAUGUAACAACUUCAAAUGCAUGUAGCAUGGGGAACACCGCUGAUAUUCUUGGUAAUGCCAUGAUGCAAACAUUUUACAGUACUGAAUGA